AUGUUCCGGAUUCCGCAGCGGUUUUUCGGCACAACGUGUCCUCGGCUCAGUGCAGAAACUACCAGCACCGUUUCUCGCGCCUCAUAUCCCGUCAAAUUGGCCCUGAAGCAGUUUUUCCCUCAAGAUGCAACAAGACUGAAAAAGAGAGCCUUGAGACGUAGAGAAUUGCGUUUGAAGAGUCAAAUCAUCCGUGACGUCAACAACUUGAAACAACAUCGCAUCAAAAACUCGCCAUACCUGGUGGAUCCCGUUCUAGGAUCUGCUGAGUGCACUUUCAUAAAAUCCAUGAAGGAGGUGCUUGAAGAGCCCAACGCAUUGGCCUUUGGAUAUGACCGUGUGGAGUUUGAGAAGCUCAUGUACGGUGCUCAAAAGGCAGCCUUGGAUGCCACCAUUGGCGGUGAAACUGUGACUGAAAAGGUGAUCAGUACUGAAGAGAAGAAGAAGCGGGCUUUGAUGACCAUUUUGCACAACAAAAACUCCAGCAACGAGGACAAACGGAAGCGCGCUAUUGCAUUUGCUCGUCAGGAGUUCCAGAGAUUCGAUGGAGACACAGGUUCACCAGAGGUCCAGGCUGCUGUAAGCACAGUCAAGAUUCACUGGAACAUGCGCAACAUCAUCGAUGCGUUCAAGGAUAAGGAACGUAUUCAACGUGUGCGCCAGAUGGUGCAGGGUCGCCAAAAGAUGUUGAAGUACUUGAAGAGAAACAACCCGGAGAGAUACUACUACGCCAUUGAGAAGUUGGGCUUGACAGACGAUGUGGUUUGCAACGAGUUUUCCAUGAGCAAGGCUUACAUGGAUGAGUAUGAGGUGUUUGGUGACCGUAAGCAGUUGAGGGUGACACCUACAAUGAAGCGUCGGAGAGAGAAGAUUGCUGACUUGGAAAGACGUGUGGAGGAGUACCACCGGGUGGCUCGUGAGAACUACGCCAAGAUUAAUGGAACCGCCUAG